AUCGCUAGUAAAAAUUCAAUACAGAUUUAAUACAGAUUUUUGCAGAGAUCGCCCAGUAGACUACAAUGUCCUAGUAUACUAAAAAUCAUUACCGCACUAACGAUUAAACCAGAAGAAGGACUCAACCUCGUUAAACUGAGGCUAUAUAUAAGCAUUCACCUGUACUGUCCAUACACACACUCACUCAAAAGUUAACUGCUUAUUCCAGUGAUAAUUGUAAAUAAUGUUUCUGUCGUUUUGCCUCCUUCUCUUUCCUCUUAUUCCAGUGAUCCUUGUGCUGUAUCUGUUCACUCCUUUUGCAAGAUUUUCAUCUGCUUCAAAGACCCACAAAAACCAACCUCCAUCCCCUCGCAAGCUUCCAAUUAUUGGAAACCUUCAUAAAAUAGGCCUAAACCCCCACCGUUCUCUUCUGGCCUUAACCCAAAAACAUGGUCCACUUGUGCUCAUUCAACUUGGCCGUGUACCCGUGCUUGUAGCCUCAUCAGCUGAAGCAGCCCAUGAAAUCUUGAAAACCCAUGAUGUAAUCUUCGCCAGCAGACCCAAAUUAAGUAUCCCUAAUGCACUUACUUAUGGAUCUAAGGACAUAGCGUUUUCUCCAUAUGGAGAGUAUUGGAGGCAGGUGAGGAGCAUUGCUGUGCUCGGGCUUCUAAGCAGUAGACGAGUUCAGUCGUUUCAAAGAGUAAGAGAAGAGGAGACCUGUCUAAUGAUUGACAAGAUUGGAGAAAGUUGCGGUUCUAUAGUUGAUUUAGGCGAGUUGCUAACUAUCUUUACAAACAACGUAGUUUGCAGGGUGGCCUUUGGGAGGAAGUUUCAUGGGGUAAAGUUUAAUGACUUGUUGAAAAGGUUUACAUACCUGCUUGGUGCUUUUUCUGUUGGGAAUUAUAUUCCAUGGCUGUCAUGGGUGGAUCGAUUUAAUGGUUUAGAGGCAAGAACAAAAAAUAUUGCUGUAGAAUUUGAUGAGGUUCUCGAGAGUGUUCUUGAAGAACAUAUAAGUAAGAAAAGAGCAGUGGAAGGCGAUGUUAGUGGUGAAAAUGAAGAAGGCCAAGAUUUAGUUAAUAUCUUAAUCGAUGCUCAAAGAGAACACACUACCACGUCCUUUACUCUUGACAAAGAUGUCAUUAAAGCCGCCAUCAUGGACAUAUUUGCUGCUGGAACUGAUACCACAUCCACAGCCAUAGAGUGGGCAAUCAGCGAGCUAAUAAGACAUCCGAGAGUAAUGAAAAGGUUGCAGAAAGAAGUCACUGAAAUAGCGCAAGGAAAAUCGAUGAUUAGUGAGGAGGAUUUGGAAAAAAUGCAUUACUUACAUGCUGUCAUCAAAGAGACUCUCCGGUUGCAUACUCCACUUCCACUACUCAUUUCUCGACAAUCAACAGAAUAUGUGAAAUUAAUGGGCUAUGACAUUCCAGCGGGUACGCAAGUGAUUAUUAAUGCUUGGGCAAUAGGAAGAGAUCCUUCACUCUGGGAGGAAGCAGAGAAGUUUUGGCCAGAAAGGUUUUUGAAAAGUUCUAUUGACUAUAAAGGGAUGCACUUUGAGUUCCUUCCAUUUGGUGCUGGACGCAGAGGAUGUCCUGGUAUUCAGUUUGCAAUAGUUAUUAACGAGCUUGCUUUAGCAAAUCUUGUGUACAAAUAUGAUUUUGCAGUGCCAGAUGAUAUGAGAGGGGAUGAACUGGACAUGAGUGAGAUCACUGGACUAACACUCCAUAGAAAGUCCGCUUUACUGGUUGUGGCGACUUCUUGCUUCUAGUGGUGCAUUACAUAUGCUUUCGUAACACUAAGUUGUUGACACUUAAUUAGUAAAUAAACGUGAUCAACAUUAUGGAUAAGAUUUUAUUAGUUGAUUUUGUGUAUAGCUAGAAUAUGAAAAGUUUGUCGAGUGAAGAAUCUAGGAAAUGAAGAGUCUUACUAUAA